CGGCGGAUUGUUGACGCCCUCCGCUACUGUGGUGGCGACAGAGCGUUUGGGGAGGGGUUGCCGAGGGAGGGCGCUGGCGCAGUGACAGGCAGCGCGGAGGGUGCCUCGGAGGCGACGAUGGCAGAGGGGCCUGAGGAGGCCCGGAGCCGCCCGCCCAGGCAGGAAGGCGGCGGCGGGGACCACGAGCCGAUCUCUUCCGGGCCCGGCUCUCCCGCCGCCGCCGCCCCCCGGACCCCGGCCCUCGCGACCGUCUCCGAGCCGGAGCCGCCGCGCGAGCUCCGGAAGCGCCGGGAGGCGGGCGUAGGGCCGCCGGAGCCGGGGGGCUGCGAGGCGUCGGACGGGCCGGGGAGGCUGAGCGCGCGCGAGUACUCGCGGCAGGUGCACGAAUGGCUCUGGCAGUCCUACUGCGGCUACCUCACCUGGCACAGCGGCCUGGCCGCCCUCCCGGCUUACUGCGGCCCGCCGCCAGCCGCCCCGCAGCCCGCGGCCCCGCCGCCGCCCCCGCCUCCGCCGCCGCCACCGCCGCAGCUGGCUUACUACAACCCCUUCUACUUCCUGAGCGCCGCGGGGCCCGGGCCGGGGGCCGUCACGGGCGGCGCCACCCCGACCACCGUCGCGGGCCUGACGCCGCGGGCCCCGCACGUGCAGGCGUCGGGUCGGGCGGCCCCUGUGACCAGGGUGGGCUCUGCAGCCCCUGCACGGACCACGAGCGACAAUGGGCGACAGGCAGGCAGAGAGUAUGUCAUUCCAUCCUUGGCUCACAGAUUUAUGGCAGAGAUGGUGGAUUUCUUUAUUCUCUUCUUUAUAAAAGCAACCAUUGUCUUGAGCGUCAUGCAUCUCAGUGGGAUAAAGGACAUCUCUAAGUUUGCCAUGCAUUACAUAAUAGAAGAAAUCGAUGAAGAUACAUCUAUGGAAGACCUGCAAAAAAUGAUGAUUGUGGCACUUAUAUACAGGUUGUUAGUUUGUUUCUAUGAGAUAAUUUGCAUUUGGGGAGCUGGGGGAGCUACCCCAGGAAAGUUCUUGCUAGGGCUUCGAGUUGUGACAUGUGAUACAUCGGUACUCAUUGCUCCAAGUCGGGUUUUAGUGAUUCCUUCCUCAAAUGUUAGCAUCACAACGUCCACCAUACGAGCUUUGAUCAAGAAUUUUUCUAUUGCUUCUUUUUUCCCUGCCUUCAUCACACUGCUGUUUUUUCAGCAUAAUCGAACAGCCUAUGACAUUGUAGCAGGAACCAUUGUGGUAAAAAGAAAUGGGGUCAGAUGAUGCCCCAGAGCCCUGAAUUCCACUCUUUGGAAUAAUGACAAGACUAAAUUAUGUAUCAAGGCCAUCAGUAUCUCUGGGUUACAUUAAUUGAUUUAAAAUUUUAACCAGUCACUCUGGUGUGAUGCAGGGGACUGUUCUGAAAGUGUUGACUGUCAAGGAACAUUUCCAGAAGGAAAAAUUAAAUUCAAGUGUUAAAUAUUUGUGGGAUAACAAAGCAAACGGUUUCAUAAUCAAAAUAGACAAAUACAUACUUCAACAUUUAAGAUAACCAAAAUUUACUGGAAGCAUUUUCAGCUUUAAAUUCUUCAAAUUAAAACUUUAAAAUUUUAAUUUGGCUUAUCCUAGAGUGCUUGGAAAUUGGAAAAUGUCCAAUUGUGUUUUAUAAACACCUACAGAACUCCUACAGCUCUUAGGGAAGUUGUUUAUUGUGGCCAUUGAAAAGGAGCAUCAACUCAACAACCCACUUACUCCAUGGCAGGUGUUGGGAGAAAAGGGCUGUAGUGAUGAAGGCCUAGCAGACCCUUCACCCCGUGCUUCCAGGAUGUUCUAAGUUCACUGCAGUAGUGGUGGAAUUUAACAGUUUACUGCUUAUGUAUUUGGAGGCAAGACUUUCAUGAUGAUGAUGAAAAUGUAUUGAGUCAUAUCAUUGAUAUUUUAAAAAGGUAAGUUAGUGAUUACCUUCUUGGGGGGUGGGGGUAGGGAUGUGAGGUUUCAGUGUAAAUUCAGCUUAGAAUUCACCAACUAUAAAUAUGUGAGGGAACUAUCCAUCAAACAUUCCCAGUGUGUGCUCUCCAGUGUUCUGAAUGUACCCAUAGAUUCUAUUUAUGUACAGCAAACUCCUAAGGCACUUCUAUAUUCUAUACAGUUCCAUAACUGUCAAAGCAUCAAGGUGUUAAAGAGUCCUUAGUAUUUUGUGAAUAACGAUGAGUUAUUCUCACUAAAGCAAGGCAGAGUAUCAUCUCCAGACACAGAAUAUCUAUCUUUAGGCUCAUUCUGGGCCUGUUAGAGAUGAAAUUGGGGAUGGGGAGGUAUGGUCAUUGUACUUACUAAGUUUAAUGUCUGUGUGCUGUACCAAAGUGUUAUAUAACACUAAAAUUAACAUUAAAUCUUUUAAAUAGUAUCAGCUUUAAGUGGGCUGUGAAAAUGCAUUUAAUGUCUGCAGACACUAGUUAUGAGUUCAUAAACCAUGUUUUUUCAAAAUAAUUUUAUUUAAAUUAAAUCCACUUCACAGAAAGCCUGUUACUUGUUAAGAGCAGUACAUAGAGCACUUGCUUGUGGCUCUGGCAAGAUUUUAUGGCUCUUCAAACUUACACUACAAAUCGUGAAUUUGGUGUGGGCACUGCUUUUGCCACUGAUGAUUCAAGUUGAAAUGUGCUUCACCCACGCAGCUCUGGACUAUUUUAUACAGUAUAAUAAAGCAAGAAGUCAAAUUUGCUAUCCAGUUGUGCCAUACAGGGUGUAAGAUAAAAGUAUCAAUCUGUUCAGCACUUUGACGUAAAAAGGGAAUUUUCUCUCAUAGGGUUGUGGAAUGGAGCCACUUUCGUAUUUAUUUACAGAAAUACUGAUUUCCUGAGUCAAAGUGCAAUUCUCAUGUUGAAGCUGUAUCCUGAAAGGGCAAAAUUAAACAUGCCCUAAUGAGCAUUGCCCUAAGCUGGAACCUUAGGACUGGAAUGGGAAUCUUGUUGCUGCGUUACCAUUCAGUCCAAACAACUCACACAUUAACACAUGUCACUUGACAGUAUUCUAAAGCAUUGCCCAACUUCUCUAAGCAUUUGCUAUUUGGGAAGAUGGGGCAUUAAACUUUGAGGAGCCUAGGCUAACAGUAUUCAGUAUUCCUAAAAGUUGACAUCCUCCAUCUGCAUAACCAAAGUCUUUACUAGUGCUUUGGUGAAGUUCCUCAUUUCGGCUGGUAUGUGUAGAUUCUCUUGUAGUUCACAGAGUAAACAAUAUCCACCUAUAAAUAUCUCAACAUUCUAUUUUUAAUAUUUGUAUGUCACCAGUUUGUAAUUUUGUCUCUAUAAUAAAUACUUGUGUGAACUGUG